CGCGGGACGGUGCGCGGUCCCUGGUCCCUGCCCGGGACUGGCGAGGGCCGCGCCCGGGCAGGCGGAAUGGCCGCAGCACUGGCCAUCAGGGUGGUCGUGGGGCUGGCAGCCGCGUCGUUGGCGGCCGUGCUCUUGGAACACUACGGCCUGAGCGGUUCGUCCUCGCCACAACCCCAGCCCCGCGUCCCCCGGAGGCCGCACCCGGCGCCGGGUCUUGGAGCCACCAACAUCUUCUGGGGCCUGCAGAUAUCCGACAUUCACCUGAGCAGGUUUCGUGAUCCAGGCAGAGCUGUAGACUUAGAGAAGUUCUGUUCUGAAACUAUUGACAUCAUUCAACCAGCUCUCGUCCUAGCAACAGGAGAUCUGACAGAUGCCAAAACAAAAGACAUGUUGGGAUCUAUGCAGCAUGAGGUAGAAUGGCAAACCUACUACAGUAUUCUGAAGAAGACAAGGGUCAUGGAAAAAACCAAGUGGCUUGAUAUCAAAGGAAAUCAUGAUGCAUUCAACAUUCCAAGUCUGGAGAGUGUCGAGAAUUAUUACAGGAAAUAUUCUGCUGUACAUAGGGAUGGCUCUUUCCAUUAUGUCCACAGUACUCCCUUUGGCAACUAUUCUUUCAUCUCUUUGGAUGCCACCCCAAAUCCAGGGCCUAAAAGACCCUAUAAUUUCUUCGGAAUUUUAGAUGAGAAACGGAUGAAGGAGCUUUCAAUACUGGCCAAGGAAAGUAGUCAGAGUAACCACAGUAUUUGGUUUGGACAUUUUACAACAUCCACUAUUCUUUCUCCAUCACCAGGAAUUCGAUCAAUAAUGAGUUCGGCUACAGCUUAUUUGUGUGGGCAUCUCCAUACACUCGGUGGACUGAUGCCUGUUUUGCACACUCGUCACUUCCAGGGCACUUUGGAACUUGAGGUGGGAGACUGGAAGCAAAACAGAAGGUACCGCAUCUUUGCUUUUGAUCAUGACCUCUUUAGCUUUGCAGAUUUGAUCUUUGAUGAGUGGCCUGUGGUUCUUAUCACCAAUCCUAAGUCACUCCUCUAUAGUUGUGCUAAACACGAGCCUCUUGAAAGACUCCUUCACUCAACACACAUCAGAGUCUUGGCCUUUUCAUUAUCCUCCAUUACUUCUGUCACAGUUAAAAUUGAUGGAGUUCAUUUAGGGCAAGCUAUUCAUUUGUCUGGUCCUAUUUUCACACUCAAGUGGAACCCAAGAAACUUCAGUAAUAGCUCACAUAAAAUAGAAGUAAUCGUCCAGGAUUCUGCUGGAAGAAGUAAGAGUGUUCACCACAUAUUUUCUCUUCAAGAGGAUAUUCAUCUCAGAUUUGACCCUCUGGCAUCUUUUAUUCUUCUUACUGACCACUGCAUGGUGGCCCGGGUCCUUUUUGUGAUGAUUGUGCUGAUCCAGCUCUCCAUUCUCCUAACUUUUAGGCAUCGAGGAUAUCUAGAGCUUAAAGGGCCUCCAGGAUUUAUAAAUUUGACCUCAUUUUCCCUUCAUGUCUUGAGCAAAAUAAAUAUCUUCUACUAUUUUGUGUUGUUGCUGACUCUAUAUACAGUGCUGGGACCAUGGUUUAUUGGUGAAAUUACUAAAGGCAAAAUGGGUUGCUGCUUUUCCUUUGGGAUCUUUGUUGAUGGGCAUUUCCUACAAGGCAGUAUAACAUUUAUAGUUGGAAUUCUCCAGCUGGCGUUUUUUAACAUCCCCUUGAUGGCUUACCUGUGUUGGAGCUUGCUGCAGAGGUGCUUUGGUCACAACUUCAGGUCUCAUCUCCGUCAAGGAAAAUACCUAAAAAUUAUACCUGUUCACCUUCUUAUGUUACUGCUGUACUUCUGGCAGAUUUAUUCCUGCUAUUUUCUUCAUAUGACAUAUGGCACCAUAGCUUUAUUCUUCUCCCCUUUGAGGAUCUGGUUGACACUGCUGACACCUGUUCUCAUUUAUUUCGUGUGGACACUGAACUCCAAUGAGCUUGGAACCUUCACAGUACAGUUAAAAAGCCAUCUGAGCUCCUGAAGGCCAGGUCUCACCAUCUACCUCUGAAGCCCAGGUCUCUGACCCAGCAGCAGGUGGAAGGCCAAUAUUGGUGGACAAGCUUCAGGGACCUGCUGCUCUUUGGAUGCCUGGGAUUUGGGGGGAUUACUCUACUGAUUCCUGCAGAGUGAACUGCAGAAAAAUCUCUAAAUAAUGCCAUGAUUCCUUCCUUCCCCAAGAAGGCAAAGGGUUGAUUUGCUUUUGUGAAGAGAAAGCCCCAUAUCUAUAUCCACAGGACAGGGUCUCAGUGUGUAUGGGCGCAUCUGAGGCCCAAUGUUUUUUUUUAGGAUUACCUCAUGUAAAGUGUACCUUUCACAGUCUGGAACUCAGCAGCCGUCAAGUGUGUCACUUUAGCGGCAGGGAACCAGUGUGAACUUGGGCCUGACCUUGAUUACCCUCGCGCUGUUAGCUCCCAGUCCCUUUUUCCUGAUUCCUUAGUUGGGGAUGUUUUUAACCAAUCAAAUAAAUGAAUGAUGAAUAAGAAAUUA